CCUUGUAUUUAUUCAUUUUAUAUUUUAAAAGUUGAAUUUCUUAAGUGUACCAAACAUUUAGGAAAAUAACUGUUUGGGGGCUGCAAGGAGCUCGUAACAUCGGAGUACAACCGUAAAUCCCCCCCAAAUCUAUAAUAAAAAUAAUAAUAGUAAUAAUAAUAUCAGAGUCAACUCUACUUUCACUUAUAUUGGGGACGUUUUGAAACGUAAUCCCCACAAUAGUCAAAGGAACACUGUAUACAUAAAGAAAGAAACAAAACUACAGUUAUUAUCUUAAUACAAACGCAUUUUUCCACCAAGAAAUGAAACUAUGUCUCUGGUUUCGUGCUGAAUCUUUUGAAAAUACAGAAAAAAGGAUUCCAAGAAGUCCAUGUAACACGCCUGACGCAUCCCUGGAUCUGAAGUAUGUACUCAAGGGACAAGAGAUCAACUUUAAGCCAUCCAUCAACGAAAAACCUGAUCAAAUUUUCUGGUUAUUUCAUGAUGCCCGAGGUGUGGUAUUAUUUAACGACCAGGGUGAAUUAAAGUUUCCCUCAUACGAGGACAGGAUCAUUCUGAAUCAUAGUACUGCAGAACUCACCAUCAACAACGCCAAAUAUGAAGACAGCGGAAGUUAUAUCUUAAGGUGGAACAUAAACAACGAGGAUUAUCGCUUAAAGUACCCAGUUGAGGUUAUAGACAAAGUAACCAAACCCAACAUAUCCUGUGAAAUGGUCAACCAAAAGCAGGCAUUCCUUGAGUGCUUAACAGAGGGCAAAAGUGAUCCUUUGUUAAAAUUUAAGUGGCGCUCACAGGGAAACGAGCAAAAUGGCCCAAUUUUGAAAAUAACUCUCAGCGAUAAACAAGAUGUUUAUCACUGUGAUGUGAGCAACCCCCUGACCAAUGAAACUGCGUCAUUCCUCGCCAAGGACUGCUUCCUUAUUGCCCGUUCCCCAGAUUCUGCACGGCAUCUGGAAUAUGUGCUCAAGGGCCAAGAGAUAACCCUUCUGCCGUCUAUCCCCGGAAAACCCGAUCUAGUCAGGUGGAUACAUGAUGGUAUAGAUCUAGUGUGGUUCGAUCCGCAGACAGGCAAAGAAGAAGUUUCUCCUUCCUACAAGGACAGGAUCACUCUGGAGCAAGAAUCUGCAAGGCUCACCAUCAAAGAUGCCACAUAUGAAGACAGCGGAAACUAUGACUUAAAGUGGAUGAUAAAUGACCAGCAUCAUCCUUUAAAAUACAGAAUUGAGGUUAUAGACAAAGUAGACCAACCACACAUAUCGUGUGUAUUGACCAGCCCAAACAGAGUGUUACUCAUUUGCUCAACAGACUCCAAACAUACUCAUUUAUUGGAGUUUAAGUGGCGCUCAGAUGCAAAGGAGCAUCCAGGCCCAAACUUGCAAAUAAAUGUGAGAGGGAAACAUGAUGAUCGAGUUUAUCGUUGUGAUGUGAGCAACCCUCUGACCAAGGAAAUGGCCAAUAUCACUGCUGGCGACUGCUUCCUGGGUAAUCAUCAUCAAUAUUCAUGCAACUGGAAGAUUACAACGAUUUUUGACAAGCCAUCAGGUGGUCCAAAUGACACCCAUGAAGGCAAAAUAAGAGUUUUACUAAUUUAAAAUUUAAAGACGCAUAUAAAGUGUUACCCCGCUAUAAUUGCGCUUCACCU